AUGGCGGCUCUCGCGUCCUCCGCGUCUCUUCGCCUCGCGGCAGCGCCGCUCGCCGGGAAAACCCAGGCGCGCCUCAGCUCCGCGCAAAGCGAGCUCGCGGGACUUUCGCAAGGCCUUGCGAACAUGUCGGUUUCCCGCUCGUCCGCACAACCUGCGGUUAGCCGCGUCGUCACGCCAGUCGCAAAGCGAGUGUGCGACCUGACAGGCAAGAGGCGCAACAACGGCUACUCGGUCUCCUUCUCAAACCAUCGUACCAAGAAGGUGCAGCAGCCGAACCUGCAGUACAAGCGUGUGUGGUGGGAGGAGGGGGAGCGGUACGUGCGCCUCAAGCUCAGCACCAAGGCCAUCAAGACACUCGAGUGGAAGGGGCUCGAUAAGAUGGCUAAGGAGGCCGGCAUUGACCUUAGCAAGUUCUGA